AUGGCAAAGAUAACAGUCAAUUCCUGUUUGUGUCUUUUGUAGUUCCGUCCUGCUUCAGACAUGACCGACUUACAGGGACAAGUCGUUUGCACAGAAAGCUAUGGCUCCCGCAAAACCCAUCACUACAAAUCCUUGCCCGAUGGGAGAUUGAGUUGUGUCUUGGAUACACCAGAAGGUGGAGGCUAUCGUUCCAUACGGGAUUUCUUCACAGCAGUUUUCCUACCCCAAGGUUAUCCCGAAAGCGUGAGCCCAGACUACCUUGCAUACCAGAUUUGGGACACUGUGCAGGCCUUUGCUAGUAGUAUCACGGGGACCCUGGCCACCCAGGCGGUGCUGAAGGGGGUGGGAGUCGGGGACGAGACCUCCACCGUUACAGCCGCCACGGUCACUUGGAUACUCAAAGAUGGGACAGGAAUGCUGGGCCGAAUUCUCUUUGCCUGGAGUAAGGGGAGCAAACUGGACUGUGAUGCUAAGCAAUGGAGACUCUUUGCCGAUGUGCUCAACGACGUGGCCAUCUUAAUGGAGAUCCUGGCACCAGCAUUCCCAGCGUUCUUCACCCUCAUUGUGUGCAUCAGUGGCUUUUUCAAAUGCAUUGUGGGAGUUGCUGGAGGUGCCACCCGGGCAGCCCUUACCAUGCACCAGGCCCGAAGGGACAACAUGGCAGACGUUUCCGCCAAAGAUGGAAGCCAGGAGACACUGGUGAACUUAGCCGGCUUACUUUUCAGUCUUCUCCUCAUCCCUCUUGUAGCUGACAAUCUCUGCCUCACCUAUUCCCUCUAUGGCCUCUUCACCAUUCUGCACCUCUAUGCCAACUACCGAGCUGUGAGGGCUGUCUGCAUGGAGACCCUCAACCGUGCGCGGCUUAGCCUGGUCUUCCAGCAUUUUUUGGAGUCAAUAGAAAUACCAGGCCCAGAUGUCAUCAAUCCUCAAGAGCCCUUACUACCAGGGUUCAGACAUCAACUGAAGAUAACUCUCGGAGCUCCACUUCACUCAGUAACUUCCAAUGUUGCUGAAUUCCAGAAAGCUCUGGAGGGGAAUUCUACAAACUACUUAAUCUUCUUCAAUCAAGCAGCUGGGACUAUCUCCGUCCUCCUCCACCGACAGGCAAGGAGUGUGGAUGUGAUUAAAGCCUGCAGCCAUGCUCUUCUCCUGGAAGUCCUGCUGUCCCGGGAUGUGGCCUUGGAUGUGAUUGUGAAAAAAAAAUCCCUCUUAGCUGUGCAGAAGCAGCUUCGUGAAGGAUCUAAGAACAACGAUUGCAGUGUGAUUUCUGAGACACAUAGGGUACUAGACAUGAUAUUACCUAAAUUUCUGGCAGGUUUGACGGAAGCAGGAUGGGUGACAGAGCGGAAUCUUUUGGGCCCGGAAGAGUGGCGCGUGGAUUGGACCGUUGCUGGGAAGAAAACACUUUGACACUGGAAGAGUGUUGAACAUUGGAGAAUCAAAGAGACUGGAUGGUUGGCGCUGGAUCUGUCUUCGCCUCUUUAGAGAUGGGCAAAACUGUAAUGCCAAAAAGGGAGGCAAUGUGCAGACCGUGUACCUGCUCCCUCUUUCCCAGAAUCUGUGAUUUGGCAGCGGGGCAGAAAAAAAAUAAACAUUUUGUAUUGGUUUUAUAUGAGGUCUUUUAAGGCACAAAGUGAAAGACAGUGCAGAUAACAUUACACUAGGGUAUGGAUGUGACAUUUUUAAUCCCAAUGCUUGUAACUUUGGUUUGUUUAUCUCUUCCACAGUAUCGUUUGAGUGGCUUGCCUUUUCUGUAGCAUAAAAGGAUCAAUAUAACUUUCUGGUGGUGUAG